AUGACACUCUCUCCACAGUGGUCUAACGCCGUUGUGGUCCGCUCAGAGGAUGGAACGAUCGUCCAAACACAACAGAAACGCCCGGCGGCAGGCACUUCGGCGUCUUCCUCUGCAGGUCCACGGCCCAUCAUUGUGCGGCCGCGGGAUCCUCGUCUCUUUACAGCCGCAGCUGCAGCCUCAGCGGCUUCUCAGCAGAACAGCAAUAGUGGCGAUCCUGCGGGAAUCUCCGGUAGCAGUCAUAACAACAGUAGCGGAACACCAUUCCUGGCAUCCCUGUUGGUGGGGCGAGAUGUAGUAGAGACGUUUUGGAUUCCCGAUCCAAAGCGAAAUGAAAUGGGAUUGUUAGAGUCUAUGCAUCGCCGUACGGCGGCCAAUCGCACACAUGUACUGCUGCAAAGUCGACCAUUACCGGAACUACAGUUUAACUUUUCCACUUGUACAGGUGAUAAUAUUGAUCUUUCCCAUGAGGCAUUCCGUCUCUCCAAGACAUCAAUGGCCAUCUUGCAGAUGGAACGUAAUUUGUCUGAUGGAGCUGAAGUUGUCAUGCGGUUUGAUGCCGAUCCUCAUGGGACGACAAGUGGAAGUAACAGCAGCAAUCAUAAUCAUAAUAAUAAUAGUGGUAGUGUAAAUCAAGCACGUUCUCGUCCAGGUGGUAUUUCUGGUAAAGUCUUUAAAGAUCAACUACGGAAUGGUUUACGUUCUCUUCAUGAGGAGGAAUAUUAUCUGGUACGAUAUCGUGAUUACAGUCAAUGGGCAGUGCAGCAGUACAGUGAAAUUGCAAAAAAAGAUCAUUUCUGGGGUAAAAAAUAUGUAGAACAGUGUUUUGCCGUUCACGUGGGAAAAGAACCUGGAGAACUCAUUCCCAUUACAGAGGCACAAUUCCUCUUUGGUGUGGAACUUCUUCAGCGUUAUUUACUGGAACAGGUAGGUAUGAAUACCCCUCAAAAUAUUAAUUACACCUCUUUAAGCAAAGAUCAAUUUCGAUCUCUUGGGGUUAUUCUCGGUGAUGGUAUGCGGCCUGUUGGUGUGGAAGGCGAGGAAUAUCAACGCCAACGUCGUGAAGAAGAAGAAGAAGCGGAAAGAAGACGGGCCGCAAGUGCUAAUGCCAAUAUCUAUGUACCUCCCAGUAUCUGGGAUUGGACUCCAGGGGCUAUAAAGAAACGUAUUAAUCAUCAAUUACAAUCGCAUUAUCAGGCACUUGGACGUUUUGUGGUUCGAAGUACGGUGUUGGCUGUGGGUGUAUAUAUAGUUUGGUCGUAUGUGCGGCGGGCCCUUCCGCAGAGUCCCACUUCAGAUCCACGACCUGUACAAAGAAACCGGCGAAGUAAUAAUUACUAUCCAGAGGAUACAGACGCAUUUACGCCUAGUGGAUUAUUUCGUAGUGUUUUACUGGGUCCAAAGGAAGUUUUUGACUACCUUUUGGCUCCUGCUAAAUAA